CCGGGUGAAAUAACCUGAAACACUCAAGAACUCACCUACCAACUGCUGCUCUUCUUCACCAACUACCUUUGUUCUUCCUCCCUUCUUCUUCCUUUCUUCAAACUUUAACACAAAGAAGAAAAACAAAAACAUUAAAAAAAACGAAGGAAAAACAGUUGAAAUUAACCAAGGUUUCAGCAGAAAUGUCAUCCUCCACUAAACAACCCGAUGUGAUAACAUGCAAAGCAAUGGUGGCAUGGGAAGCUGGAAAGGAACUGGUGAUGGAGGAAGUGCAAGUAAGCCCACCUCAGCCUCAUGAAAUCAGGGUCAAAGUUGUUUGUACCUCUCUUUGCCGCACUGACAUUACUGCUUGGGAAACUCAGGCUAUAUUUCCUCGGAUAUUUGGCCAUGAAGCAUCAGGGAUUGUUGAGAGUGUGGGCAAGGGAGUGACUGAAUUUGUGGAGGGGGACCAUGUGCUUACAGUAUUCACUGGAGAAUGCAAGACAUGCAUUCACUGUGCAUCAGGUAAAAGUAACAUGUGCCAAGUCCUGGGUUUGGAAAGAAGAGGUGUAAUGCACAGUGAUCAGAGGACACGCUUCUCGGUUAAAGGGGAACCUGUUUAUCAUUACUGUGCAGUUUCAAGUUUCAGUGAAUAUACAGUUGUGCACUCUGGAUGUGCUGUCAAAGUCAGUCCACAUGCACCUCUGGAGAAAAUAUGCCUACUAAGUUGUGGAGUAGCUGCAGGUCUUGGUGCAGCUUGGAAUGUUGCUGAUAUAUCUAAAGGAUCAACUGUGGUGAUUUUUGGUCUUGGAACUGUAGGCCUUGCUGUUGCACAAGGUGCCAAACUUAGGGGAGCAUCUCAAAUAAUUGGUGUUGAGACUAAUCCUGAAAAGUAUGAAAAAGCAAAGGCUUUUGGAGUCACAGAAUUUUUGAACCCCAAGGAUUGUAAAGAACCAAUUCAGCAGGUUAUUAAGCGCCUAUCUGGUGGAGGGACAGAUUACUCCUUUGAAUGCAUAGGUGAUACUGGAACAGUAGCUACUGCAUUGCAAUCGUGCUGUGAUGGUUGGGGUUUGACAGUUACUCUUGGUGUACCAAAAAUGAAGCCUGAAAUAGCAGCUCACUAUUCAGCAUUCCUUUCGGGAAAAACAUUGAAAGGAUCUCUAUUUGGAGGAUGGAAACCUAAAUCUGAUCUUCCAUCAUUAGUAGAGAAGUACAUGAAUAAGGAAAUCCAGAUAGAUGAGUUCAUCACACAUAAUCUGCCAUUUGAGGAUAUCAACAAAGCUUUCAGUCUCAUGAGAGAAGGAAAGUGUCUGAGAUGCGUUAUUCACAUGCCAAAGUAGUUUCCAUAUAUGGGGUUCACAAGUAUGCAUGAAUAAAUAUGGAAGCAAAAUGAUCUUCUGUUUUUGAUGCUGUUUACCUUGGUGGGAGCUGGGAAGGUACUACUUAUAAAGAGAGAGAGAGAGAGAGAGAUUGAAACUACUGCCACCUCAUCAUUUUUUUUUUGCCAUGUCAUUAUUUUGGAAUAUUAAUAUUAUCAUCAUAUAUUCAAAUGCAAGCAUUUAUCCUUACUGUUA